AUGGCAACACCCAAGGAUCUUGCAUCACCAGAAUUGAACACUCAACCCUUCUAUAUUCAAUUGGAGGAAAAAAUUGAGCUGAAACCUACUUUGCUCAACUCAUUUCCUAAGUUCCAUGGAUUGGCAGGAGAAGAUCCAAACCGUCAUCUCCAAGAAUUCCACAUGGUACUUGUAAGUGUGAAACCAAGGGACGUUGAAACCGAUAACGCUAUGCUUAGAGCAUUCCCAUUUUCUCUUGUGGAUAUGGCCAAGGAGUGGUUUUACAGUCUCCCAGCAGGUAGUAUUAAUACAUGGACCGGUAUGAAGAAACUAUUUCUUGAGAAGUACUUUCCUGCAUCCAAGGUAGCAAAAAUCAUAAAAGAGAUAUGUGGCAUUAUUCAAAUGGCAGGUGAGACUUUGUAUGAGUAUUGGGAGCGAUACAAGAGAUUAUGUCGAAGUUGUCCACAUCACCAAAUUACGGAGCAACUUAUCAUCCAAUAUUUCUAUGAAGGACUCUUAUUAAAUGAUAGGACAAUGAUUGAUGCUGCAAGUGGUGGAGCUUUAGUUGACAAGACAUCCGCACAAGCAAGAGAUUUGAUUGAGAAUAUGGCAUUCAAUUCGCAACAAUUUUCCUCCCGAGCAGAAACACUUGUCAAGAAGGUUAAUGAGGUUGGUGAAGCUUCUCAUAUGGAACAAAGGAUGUGUAAUAUGAAGAGGAUGAUGCAACAAAUUUCUGCAGUGAUUGUUCCAUCUUAUGCCAACAAGCAAGCUGCAGCAAGUUCUACUUUCAAUCAACAAGGAGGGUACCAAUUCAUGAAAGGACACCAACAAGAAACUCAAGGCAUAAGUGUGGAUGAGAAAUUCACUCUUAUGAUGCAAGGGAUGCAAGAGAUUUCGAAGUCAGUGCAAGGGUUCAACCAAUUCCAACAGAAAUACGAGAUGGCUAUGAGAGAUGUGCAAAACCAAGUUAGUCAAUUGGCUAAUGAUAUAAAUCUACUCAAAGCUCAAGGGUCUGGAAAGAUUCCUUCACAACCAUUGAACCAUAAGGAGAAUGUCAAUGCUAUUGAGCUAAGAAGUGGGAAGCAAGUUAAGCAACCGACAACAUCACAGGAAACUCAUGGACUUGUUUUGGAACAAGAAGAGGACGAAACAGCUCCUAACAAGGAUGAUUUGGUAACAAACUCUCACUCUAAACCUCUUGUUUCUACUAAUGUCACUCCACCUUUUCCUAGUAGGUUCGCAAAGUCAAAGAAGGAGACGCUAUACAAAGAGAUCUAUGAGAUAUUCAAGAACAUCUAA